AUGCAGUUCCUCACUCAACUUGCUGCCAUGGCCAUUGCCUUGAGCGUGGUCAUCACAGCAGACGUCCUCAAGCCCAAAGUCAUGAUCAUCUCCAUGUUCGCCCCCGAAGCAGACGCCUGGCACGACAACUUCCACCGCUCCGGCCUCGGCAACCUCUCCGCCGUGCAAGUCUCCCCCCCCGGACUCUCGCCCCUCUUCCCCUCCGUGUACUGCACCGCCACCACCUCCGUCUGCCACGCCACCGUCGGCGCCGGCGAGAUCAACGCCGCCGCCUCCGCCACCGCGCUCCUGCUCUCCCCGUUGCUCGACCUGCGCUCUGCCUACCUCCUCCUCGGCGGCAUCGCCGGCGCCCACCCGGGCCGCGCCACCCUCGGCAGCGUCGCCCUCGCGCGCUACGCCGUGCAGGUCGGCCUGCAGUACGAGGUCGACCCGCGCGAGGCCCCCGCCGACUGGGCCAGCGGCUACGUCGCCCUCGGCAGCGACCGCCCCGGCGCCUACCCGCGCGUCGUCUACGGGACGGAAGUCUACGAGCUCAACGCCAACCUGCGCGACGCAGCCUACGAGCUCGCGGCUGCUGCUACGCUCGACGACGGCGGCGGCGAGGAGGCGGCGGCGCUGCGCGCGCGGUAUCCAUCCGGCAGCGCGGCGGCCGCGUCGCCGGGGCUGCUGCGCUGCGACGUCACCACCAGCGACGUCUACUUCGUCGGCGACGCGCUCGCGCGGGCCUUUGACCGGACCGCCGCGGUCUGGACCAACGGCAGCGCCGCGUACUGCAUGAGCGCGCAGGAGGACAACGCCGUGCUCGCCGCGCUCGCGCGCGGCGCCGCCACCGCCGCACGUCUAGUCGACUUUUCACGCGUCGUGCUGAUGCGCGUCGGGGCCAACUUUGACCGCCCGCCGGCGGGCACGGCCGUGGGAGAGUUCCUUGGGCUGCAACCGGCGCGGGACGUGGCGACGCGCAACAUGUACGCCGCGGGGGUGGCGGUGGUGCAGGGCAUCGUGGGCGGCUGGGAGGAGAGGUUUGCGGCGGGCGUGUCCGCGGAUAACUACAUCGGUGACAUCUUGGGGAGCCUCGGUGAUGGCGAGCCCGACUUCGGCACGCCGGCCACGAGGCUGGGGGCGCAGCGGCGGCGCCGGGGGAGGGGGGGCGGCGAACCGGGGCCAGUGAGGACGGACAACACCGUCCAGGCCUAG